UUAAGAUCCAGAGAUAGGCUAAUUAAGCAACAGGAUGCAUGUUUUUCAUUAUUUUGUGUGAGUUCUGUCUGGAAAGAUGUAUAAAUUUUGGCUAAGCGUUUGUGUAAUUAUUAUUCUUGUACAGACCCAAAACAUUUCCGGAGAUUUGUCAAUAGACCAAAGAAUCCGAGAAGGAAAUCGCAAGCGAGCAUUAGACGUCCGUUUGGUUGGUGGGAGUUCAUCGCUGGAGGGUCGAAUUGAGAUUCGAUAUAACAACACAUGGGGUACAGUGUGUGACAAAAAAUUUAAUAGAAAAGCUGCUAAAGUCAUAUGCCAUAUGCUUGGCUAUCAAAGAGCUGGAGCAAAGGCUUACAAGCGAGCUACAUAUGGUAAAGGGAAGGGACCGAUAUGGUUAGAUAAGUUACGAUGUCAUGGUAACGAGAUUUCUGUGAAAGACUGCCGCCAUUUACCUUGGGGAUCGCACAGCUGUAGACACAAAGACGAUGCAGGUGUAAAAUGUAAAGCAAAAAAGAAAGUUGAAAGGGACAGAAUGACCACACUUGAGCUUGACAUGGUUGUAGAAGAGAAUAAUAAACACAAAAUAUUUCACAGAUAUAAUUACAAUAAAAAUGCAGCCAAAGACACAUCAAAGCGUUGGGCUAGAGGCACUAUAUUUUAUAAGUUUAACGCUAGCAUAGAUAGUAAUACAGGUCAUCUAAUUCGAGAUGCCUUCGACGAAUGGGAAUAUUUUUCCUGCUUGCAUUUCGCUAAAGAUGUCUUAGACGAACACUACAACAGAAUCGUCUUCACUUAUAAUCAGGACGAUAAAGGGUGUGCCUCCACUUAUGUUGAAAUGAAACAAGGAUCUUAAGAAAUUCAUCUUGGAAAAAGCUGCCUACACUUCAGAAUCUUUGAAAUAUGUACGAUAUGCACUAUUUUGCAACAACUAUGUUUUGGUUUGGCUUUUACUUUCAUUACGUUUACAUUUUGCUGCAUUUCGACUCGAUCGACACGUGAUCGACACGUGAUUACAAUACAUUA